ACAAAAAAUAACGAGCAGAAACACAAUAGAGAGAGUGUUUAGAGAGCUUCGGUUUUCGCACAAAACCACGAGUAUUGAGAGGAGCUGUUUUAUCCUGGAGACGACCGGUUGAUAGUCUGCUGUGCGCACCGAAGGCAGUGCCGCGAACGUCUUAAAGAGAGCGACCUAGUCCGCGACUCAGCUCCAGAUUCGAUAACCUUGUUCUUAUAAUUGUUCCGUUCCUAACAAACGCAACGCUCGAGGUGGAAGAUAAUCAUAAUGGCCCGUGAAUUGAGCCUCAGCCUCAGGUGAACGAUUUGUCUGUCCAAUAAAUUCGUCGUCCAGGAGCACACUUUUGAUAGCGGAUAUGGAGAUGCCAGCUGCGGAUUGAGGACAUGGUAGAGCACUGGACCACAUUUAAAAAAAAAGGCGGUGAGAACUCGUAAACGAAUACCAAAAAUAAAAAAUUACUAUACUCGUUAUGAAUCCAGAGAGGGCUGAGCCGUGGCCCGGGUCGGCUCUCUGAAUCCGCCGCGCUGGAGAUGGGAUUGAUGCUUUGAGAUGUUGAGGAUGAUUGGAGGACUUACAGUCCUUGUAAUCUAUCCGACUAUUGGAGUACUUGUCUGUCUUAUGUCCGUAUCAGGCGCUGACAAGGAGGGGAUGCUGGGGCUGGACGAUCUGGUGGAAGCAGGGGAAGAGGAAGACAAGCUGCGAGGCUUGAAGGUAUGUUCAUCACCUCGCGCCGCGCGGAGCCUGAGAGCGACGCUCAUUAAGCUUGGCCAUGAUCUCGCGAUUCGAUUUGAAUGGCGACGAGCUCCGGGUCAUGAUGCUGCUUUGAUGAGUUUGAUGAUUGCAAAAUAAGACAAAAACCCAAAUCAAUUCCAUCCAUUCUUCACAAUUGUCUAUUGCAUAUAUUGUUACUUACUGUUAUCACGUGAAUGGAUCCAUUGAUUACUCCCUCUUUCCAUGAUGAUGAUGAAGAGAGACAAGAAAGCAUCGGGGAGCAGGCUUUUCAAGGUUCUGGUUUUCGUUCUCAUUCUCCAAACAUGUAGCUGUCUGUGACGGCCAAACUUGUAGCAGACUCCAGACUGUAGCAUAAUCCAAUAACUGGGUCGGGCGGGUUUCCUGGGUCAGACAGAGUACAUACAUACAUACAAUAAUUUCUUAGAAGAAGAAUGAAAAGGACCUGGUGAGGAAUCUGGUAUUUUGAAGGCCAAGUUCUCUCGGGGGCUCAAAUCUGUUUUCCUUUUUGCUGGCGCCAGCACAAGGAAAUUAUUGCUCUCUUUUUAUUUUUAUAAUGAAAAUUAUUACUCUCUUUUUAAUUAUUACUAAAUAAAUGAUCAGCACUUUUUGAUGUAGGUAACGGUGAACAUCUAAUUGAGAUAAUUAAAUUGAACUAGUUUAAAUCGAUACUUUAAUUGCAGCUUGAUUUCGAGUUUUACAAUAUUUUUUAUCUUGAUUUUAUAAAUUUUCUAAAAAAUUAAAUAUCGUUUUGUAUUCGUGGAUGACUUCGAGACUUUCUUGUCUGCAAUUUUGUUAGGGAAAUAUGGAGAGUCACAGGAUGUUCAAGUAGGAAACUUGCUUUCAGCAAAUUUAUAACAUUAGUGAUUCACGGAUGGCCAUAAUAACAAUCGAACAAGCCAAACGAAUUAUGUUGAUCAAUCUAAAAGAAAGGAAUGUCAUGAUUUUUGAAGAAAAUGUAUCGCCACAUCAAAUAAUCUAUUUCAAAAUUGUGAGAAUGGUUGCAAACUAGCUAAUAAUACCACAAAAAGUGGAUAGGAGAACAACGGAAGAAUGCGUGAGCGAUUUGCAUAGGAGACUACUUCCUGGCAAUGAUGCUUCUACCUACAAAAUUCAAGGUAUUCACAGUGCAGUAAGUUAAGGAUUAUGCAGAUAAAGAAUAGAGAAUGUAGUUGCUCCUUGUUGAGAAUAAGUUAGCCAAUGGAGGAGCUAUAGAGAAGGUAGUCUCUCAUAGCAAUGUAAGGUGUUGUAGUUUUCAUUGCAGCAUUAGAGUAAUGUUAGUGAUGUACUAAUCCUUGUAACUUUUUUUUUUUGUGAAAACUAUAAAAUAAAUAAAAAGAAAUUGGAGGAAAAAAGUUCAAAUGUAUAUGACCUUGGUCAGCUUUUAAGCAAAUCACCGGAGAAGAGAAUAAACAAGAGUAGAAACAAUUGAAUGAAGAAAAAUAAGAAUUGAGAAAAUCGAUAGAAUAAAUAAAGAAGGCAGAAUAAAUGGAUGGUCUAAAUUUUUAAUGAUACAUCUUAUGUAUAGUAGUAUGGGAUCGGUUACUAUAACAACACCCCUUGUCUUGUUAUAGUGACAACACUAGUCUUCCACCAAUAGGAAGGUAGGGAUGUGAUGACUUUUUUUAGUAGAGUUGACCUAGUGUAAAAUAAAAGUAGGGGUAUAAUUGUCAUUAUAAAAAUAUGUUUAAAUAAUAAAAAUAUAAAAAAUAUUUAUUUUAUUUUCUGCCCAAAUUUUUGGUCGCAAUAAUUCUGCCACCGAUCGCAGGAAAUCGGUCUCCGGUCACCGGAAUAUACUUUUUGUCACCAU